AUUAGACCCAGCCCAAACUAUUUGUUCCCUUCCUACUCCCUAGUUCAAAGCCGAAGUUUUUGAGUAGCCGACUUUACCCUUCUUCUCUGUUCAAAAAUCCAGCGUUUCCUGUCUACUCAUACUCCGACUUGCGACACCCAGACCCAGAGCAUAAUGGCCAGCAAAUCUGAGAGUAAGGAACCUGUAAAUGAGCAAAUGGUUGCAAAUACGUAUGCAGCUAUGAGAUCUGAACUAAAUCAAAUUUAUUCGAAGAUCACUGAAUUGGAGAUGGAAGUGAGUGAGCAUUCACUAGUUAUAAAUGCCAUUCAGCCGCUUGACCAAUCAAGAAGGUGUUACCGAAUGAUUGGAGGUGUGCUGGUGGAGAGAACCAUCAAAGAGGUUCUCCCGGCUGUGCAGCGAAACAAAGAAGGGCUUGAGGAGGUAAUCACUCGGCUUAACGAGGCCUUGGAGAAGAAGAAAAAGGAAAUUGCUGAUUUUGAGGCAAAAUACAAAAUUAGGAUAAAGAAGUCUGAUAGUGAGGUGAAAGAUGAAAGCAGCAAGAAGGAAGGCUCUGCUCAAGGAGUUCUUGUUGGCCCUGCAAGUUCAAGUGGGUGAUAGGUCUACUCUUUCUGUUUCCUUCCUCAUAUUCUUAAACUUUGUCCAGUUAUUGCUAAGAUGUACCCAAAUCUGACCAGAUGAAACUUUGUUCAGUUAUUGCUAAGAUGUACCAGUUUUUAGAGAAUCAGAUGUUUUGUUGAUCAGGAUAACAUUUUGUAACAAAUUGUGUUAAAUUGGUGAUUAUGUUU